AAGAAUGCCCCUGCUCAGAGAGGGAGAAAAAGAUUAGGCUAACUGAAAAUCUGCUUCCCCCUGCUAGCCGAGUGGUAAAGAUGUUUUGCAAAGCCCACCCUGACGCUUCAGUUAGAGACUGUUUAAGGGCGCUAGAGGAUGUAUAUGGUACCUGUGACAAUCCUCACACCUGGCUUCAUAUGUUCCAAAGUUUGAAGCAGAGAGAGGGAGAGGAUAUUUCAGCCUUUAUUAAAAGAUUGGAAGAUGCCUUGUGGAAGUUGGUAUCUAAGAAUAUAAUUACUAUUGCUGAGGUAAAUGAAAAAAGGAGAAAUCAGCUCAUGUAUGGGAUGUUAGGAGGACAUCCGGUGGCCACUGAACUGCGUAUAAUGUAUCGCCAUGGGUCACCCCCUGCCUUAAGUGAGCUUAUGAGUAAGGUGAAGGAACAGGAGGCUGAACUCAGAUACCUCUCCCAUUCAGCCAAAGCUGAGGAAGGCUCUACCUCCUCUCCCAGGAAGUCAAUAAAAGGAGAAUCUAUGGGACAGCUGGGAAAGAAAGAGGGCUUCUCCCCCAAGUCUCCCAAGUAUAAAGCGCAUAAUUAUGUUGGCCCCUCAGCACGAUCAGAGUGUUACUGUUGUGGACAGACCGGGCAUCGGGUUCAUCAGUGCCCUCUUCCAGCUAAUCAGCCAGAUAUUCAUAGUAAUGUGGGACAGCUCCCCAAGAAAAGGAGGAGACUUGUAAAGAAUUCCUGGCCCAGGAGUCUACCUGGUAUAGGGCGCAGGUGCAUCUUUAGCCUCCUAGUAAAUGGUGUUCCAGCCACUGCUUUAUUUGACACUGGCUCUCAAUUGACUAUUAUAUACCGGCCCUUCUAUCAGCAGUACCUCAGCCAUGUCCCUUUACAGCCUGUGGGUCUUGUGCCUGUUUAUGGAGUGGGAGAAAAUCCUGUCUACAUGGACGGAUGUUUGGAAGUGCAGUUGCAUAUCCCUGGCCUGGUGGGAGACAGUGAGCCCCCACUUAAAGUUAUUGCUUAUGUGAGCCCUCUCACCGCCGGCAAGAAUUCAGCUCCUGUGAUUGUUGGCUCCAAUGUGAAAGCAGUGGAAGAAGCCUUCAUUAAAUUUCUCCAGCCAAGAGAAGGGACUCCUUUGACUGCAUUGCCGAUAACUCCGGAGCUGCAGGAAAUAUGUCAGACAUUUGCCCCUGAAUCGCCGGGAGGCUGUGUAGGGAAUCCUUGGCGCCCGGUGGAGAUUCCACCAGGGGGAGAGCAAAGUCUUCAAGUUUAUGUGGAAAUUGUGCCAGCGACCAGUGGUAGCUUCUUCCUGCUAGAGACUGAUCCUCAGGAAGCUAUCCGACAAGGCUGGGAGGUAAUUCCAGAACGAAAGGACUACCGUUAUAAAUGCCCCCGGACUGAUGUGGUAACGGUGAGGAAUAUCACCUCCCAUUCAGUGGUAAUUCCUGCAUGGCACACUGUAGCCCACUGUUAUCCUGUGGAGUGUCUAGACUCUUUCCCUGCUCAGUUGGGGAAACCUGAUACUCAAUUAAAGUUUAACCUGAAGGACUCUGAUGACUCCCCAGAACACCAGCAAAUGUUGGAAAAGAAAUUGGCUAAAUACAGUGAUGUAUUUUCAGUUGACGACAUGGAUGUGGGGUGUGCCAAACAUGCUGAGCACAAUAUUCGGUUGAAAGAUCACACUCCAUUUAGGGAGCGGUCUCGGCGAAUACCCCCAAGAGACCUUGAUGAUGUGCGGGACUACUUAAAGAAAAUGAAGGAACAAAACAUUAUCGUGGAGUCAAGAAGUCCCUAUGCCUCCCCCAUAGUCAUUAUCCGGAAGAAAAACGGCAGUGUUAGGCUAUGUGUGGAUUACAGAACCCUGAACAGACGCACCAUCCCUGACCAGUACACCUUGCCCCGUAUCGAUGAGGCUCUUGAUGCCCUUCAUGGUAGUGCUUGGUUUUCGGUAAUGGACCUGCGGUCUGGGUACUACCAAAUACCUAUGAGUGUGGAGGAUCAAGAAAAGACUGCUUUUAUCUGCCCUUUGGGAUUCUAUCAGUUCACCCGCAUGCCCCAGGGCAUAAGUGGGGCACCGGCAACAUUUCAGCGCCUUAUGGAAAAAGUGCUGGGUGAUUUAACGCCAAGGCAAUGUAUAGUGUAUCUAGACGAUAUUAUCGUUUUUGGCUCUACUGUGGAAGAACAUGAUAGUCGCUUGUUCAAUGUACUUGAGGGCCUUAGAGAGGAAGGGCUCAAACUUUCCCUUGACAAGUGCAAAUUCACACGAAAAUCUGUGCGCUUUGUAGGGCAUGUUGUGUCCGCAGAAGGGAUUGCUACGGACCCAGAGAAAGUGGCUGCUGUACUGACUUGGCCUAACCCCACUAAUUUAACAGAACUGAGAUCAUUCUUAGGGUUUUGUGGCUAUUAUCGGAGGUUUGUAGAGGGCUACUCCAAGAUCGCAUAUCCCUUGAAUGAGCUGUUAAAGGGGAGUGACUCUAAAGACUGUCAUGCUACGACUAUUCCUUUCCAUGACAAGUGGACCCCAGCAUGUGAAGACGCCUUUCAAACACUAAAGAAAAAGCUCACUGAGGCGCCAGUGCUUGCUUAUGCUGAUCCGAAGCGGCCGUAUGUCCUACAUGUAGACGCCAGCUAUGAAGGGCUAGGAGGUAUUCUCCAUCAGGAGUAUCCUGCCGGGUUGAAGCCGGUUGCUUAUGUUAGUAGGAGUCUUAGUUCCAGUGAAAGGAACUAUCCUGUACACAAGCUGGAAUUUUUGGCCUUAAAGUGGGCUAUUACUGAGAGGCUACAUGACUACCUCUAUGGGGUUCAGUUCGAGGUACGGACUGAUAAUAAUCCAUUGACUUAUAUUUUGACUACUGCCAAAUUGGAUGCGACUGGUCAUCGCUGGUUGGCUGCACUGUCUAAUUACCAGUUUUCUUUAAAAUACAAACCUGGCCCGAGGAAUGUAGGGGCCGAUGCCCUUUCUAGGCGCCCAGGUCUCCCUCCUCAGCUGGAGGAGGAAGAGUGGGAAGAGUUUCCUGGCCCUGCUGUAUCCACUCACUGUGCUACAGCUGCUGUACAAGGGGAAUGUAUAGCCUUCUCUGAGCUGCGAGCAGUAGAUUCACUAGGCGGUGGAGCAGACUCUGUUCCUGCUAUGUACUGUUACCCUACUGUUUUGGGAGUGCCGGAGAACUCUCAAGUGAGGGCCCGAGACAUGAUCCGGCUACAGAAAAGAGAUCCGGUGAUUCGAAGAAGGCAAUUGGUACUUCCCCAGGCCUAUCGGAGGGCCGUUUUGCGGAGUUUGCAUGACCAACAUGGACACUUGGGGGUGGAGAAAACCUAUGGACUUGUGCAGGACCGGUUCUUUUGGCCUAGGAUGCGGGAGGAAGUUGCUGACUACUGCAGGAGGUGUGUGCCUUGCUUGCAGAGAAAGACUUUGCCUACCCGGGCCGCCCCCAUGGAACACUUGAAGAGUACUGGGCCUUUGGAUCUGGUAUGUAUGGAUUUUUUGUGCAUUGACAGUGACUCCAGUGGUGUAGGCAAUGUCCUGGUAGUAACUGACCAUUAUACCCGUUAUGCACAAGCCUAUCCCACUAAAGACCAGAAGGCUGUGACAGUAGCUAAGGUACUUUGGGAGAAAUUCCUUGUCCAUUAUGGGCUCCCCAAUCGGAUCCAUUCCGAUCAGGGGCGUGACUUUGAGAGCAGAUUAAUAAAGGAGUUGUUAAGUCUGCUGAAUAUUGAUAAGAGUCGUACCACGCCUUAUCACCCAGAGGGGGAUGCUCUACCUGAACGUUUUAAUCGAACUCUGCUGGAUAUGUUGGGUACACUGUCUGUUACUGCCAAGCAGUCUUGGAGUCGACAUGUAGGGGCAAUGGUACAUGCAUAUAAUUGUACCCGUCAUGAUUCUACUGGGUUUUCCCCAUAUUUCCUUAUGUUCGGAAGGGAGGCCCGACUGCCAAUUGACUUACAGCUGGGUGUAUCCACUGAUGGAGUAGGACAACAAGAGCAUUAUCAGUAUGUGGCCCGUCUUAGAGAAAGUUUGAAAGAGGCCUAUCGUCUGGCUGAGGGGAACACAGCCAAAAUAAAUGCUGGGAACAAGAGACGCUUUGAUUCUAGAGUACGGUACAGAGAAUUGCUACCGGGUGAUAAAGUGCUCCUUCGCAACUUGGGUCAAACUGCCAAACACAAGCUAGCAGACCGUUGGAGGAAGGACUUGUACGAAGCGGUAGGUAAAUUACCAAAUAUUCCGGUGUAUCAAGUUCGUGGUCCGGACGGCAAGGUUAAGGCAUGGCAUCGCAACCAUUUGCUUCCGGUACCUCAAGUUCCCUCCGUGGAUGAAGAGGGUGAUGCUGCAUCUAGUGGAGAAGAGGUACCUACUAAUGGUAGAGGAGAACAAGUGACUGAUGAGGAUUGGUUCACGGUUCCGGCUGAUGAUUCUGGACAGUUGCCGGUCCGGGCAUCUGGUGGAGGUUUACCACAGAGGGGUGGUUUAAAUGUUAAUUCCCCUUCAUAUCAGCCCAGUGAUAUUGGAGACAUAGCUUCUGCUUCUGAGGUGACUAAUAGCUCAAGCACACCCGUUGAUUCUGGCCCGGGGCUGUGUCAGCCAGUGGCAGAAGAAAAACCAUUGUACCCUGGUAACCCUAUGGAGAGGUUACUGAAGCGGAUGUACUGUGUUUUUGAUAUGUGCUUAUAUGUUCUUGCCGGGACGAAAUCAACCCUGAGUGACAAGCUUAUAGAGGCCCGUGCUAAUGCAGAAGCAGCCAAGGUGCAAGUUUCCUUUGCUAAAAAAGAGGCAAGUCUUAAAGCAGAGGCAGCACACAAGGAAGCUAAGGCCGCAUGCCAGCAAGCAGAAGCAGAAGCUGCCCAUAAAAAGGCAGAAAUGGAAGCUGAAUUAGAAAUUCUUCAAAUGGAGAAAGAAAAGGCUUCAGCUAUUGCAAGGUUAAAAGUUCUUGAACAAGCACUGGGAGGAGUACAUGAUCAGGACUGCCUCAUUCCAGCAGAGUCUUAA